UAACUGUGCAGGAUUUCUAGAGCAGAAAACUCGAUUAAACUUAAAAAGUUAUUGGUAUUCGAUCCUGGCUAUUAAUUUUUUUUGGUGACGUGGUCUGGAAUUAAACCUAACUUUGGUGGUAAAAAAGUGAGUUUUAUCCUAAUAUUCCAGGUGUUAACCAUAAUAACAAAAUUUUAAGUUCAUUUUCCCAAAUUAGUCCUCCCACCGCGCUAACCGCCUCCAUUCCAAGGCUUUUUGAUAACUGCAGCAUAUCUAUUUUUUUUUAAUUUUUUUUUUCAAUCGGUCGAUUGAAGAAAGCAGAACCAAAGAAGAAGAGCAAAAAUGUCGGAAAAAUUCUCUGCAACGCUGCGUAUUGGAGAUUUGAAUGAUUACAUAGCGCCUUCCCAAGGCUGCGUUGUUUCUCUCAAAGCUAAUUCUAAGUCCACUUCCUCCUCCAGGAUUCCAAAAUUUAAUUCCGAGGAGCUGGAAAAAUUUGGAGGUGCUGUUAAGAAGCCAGCGGAAGCAGUUGAACCUGUGAAGAUUUCAUUAAAAGACUGUUUGGCUUGCAGUGGUUGCAUAACCUCAGCAGAGACUGUUAUGCUGGAGAAACAAAGCUUAGACGAGUUUCUUUCCAAUCUUGAUAAGGGGAAGGCUGUCAUAGUCUCUGUAUCUCCUCAGUGUCGAGCAUCUCUUGCUGUUCAUUUUGGUCUGUCUCCUCUUCAGGUUUUUAAAAAGCUCACAACUUUAUUUAAAUCAAUGGGAGUGAAGGCUAUUUUUGAUACCAGCUGCAGCCGAGACUUGACAUUAAUUGAAUCUUGUAAUGAAUUCAUAACAAGAUAUAGACACUGCCAUUCUACCAGCAAUGAGAAAUCCAAGUUGUCCCUACCCAUGAUAUCUUCUGCCUGCCCAGGGUGGAUAUGUUAUGCUGAAAAGUCCCUUGGAUCCUAUAUUCUUCCAUAUAUUUCAUCAGUCAAGAGCCCUCAACAAAUCAUCGGAUCGGUUAUAAAGAGACAUAUCUGUCACAGUCUAUAUUUGAGGCCAGAGGAUAUUUACCAUGUAACAGUGAUGCCAUGUUAUGACAAGAAACUUGAAGCUGUUAGGGAUGACUUUGUGUUCGAAGUUGAACCACAAGGUCACAAGAUCACAGAGGUAGAUUCAGUUUUGACUACUGGAGAGCUAUUAGAUUUAAUCCAGUCAAAAUCCAUUGAUUUUAAAAGCUUGGACGAAUCACCUUUGGAUAAAUUGUUGACAAAUAUUGACGAAGGGGGCCAGCUUUAUGGAGUGACUGGAAGCUCCGGAGGAUAUGCAGAGACAAUAUUCUGUUAUGCUGCUAAAGUGCUUUUUGGCAAGGAGAUCACUGGUCCUGUCGAAUUUAAGACAAUACGGAAUUCCGACUUUAAAGAGCUGACUCUAGAGGUAGAAGGUAAGCCUGUCUUGAAGUUUGCUCUGUGUUAUGGUUUCCGAAACCUGCAAAACGUUGUUCGGAAAAUAAAAGCUGGAAAGUGUGAAUAUCAGUUCCUGGAGAUCAUGGCCUGUCCAUCAGGAUGCUUAAAUGGUGGAGGUCAAAUCAAAGCAAAGCGUGGUGAAUCUGCUAAAGAUUUAAUUCAGUCGUUGGAAUCCAAAUAUAUGGAAAACGUUUUGGUGGCGAACCCUUUUGAAAAUCCGAUCAUCAAAGCCUUGUAUGCAGAAUGGCUUGAUCAACCGGGUUCCGAGAAAUCAAAGAGACUGAUGCACACAGAAUACCAUCCUGUAGUGAAAAGCAUGACUUCCGAGCUGCAGAAUUGGUAGCAGCUGAAGAAUAUAAAGUUCCGUGACAUAGGGGUUAUCUGGGAAAUCACCUUUAUGACUUUGUAAACUUUGCUGGUUAUAUUGGGAGGGAUGUUUGUUUUUUCUAUAUAUUGGUAGGGGUAGUUUAGGUGGUACAUCUCCUCUUUCUGAUAUCAUGAUUACAGCAUAUUUGAGGAGCACAAUUUUGGUAGGGAGAAGAGAGAGAUGGAUGAAUGUUGCAGUGGUGCUCGUAUGUGUACAUAUCUUGUCAAAAAUUUCUGUUGUGGGGUUUGUAUUAUGGCUUCCAACAUCUGUCUAAUAAUCGCCUUUGUAGGGAAUUGUAUGAAAAACAGUGCAAUCUAAAAAUUACAAUGAGAAUUAUGUCUUUGAGGCGGAGCAGAAAGUAUUCU